AUGCCGCCGACGCCCUCCACCGCAGCCCUCACGCCCCAGCCCUCCAGGCUCCAGCCGCGCCCGCUCACGCCGGCAACCCCGCGCACCGACCACCACGGGCCGGCACACCGCAAGCAGGCACCCUGCAGCCCGACGCCACGCCGGCCAGCAAGAAGAACCGGCUCACGCCCUACUGCCACCGAGCUGCCGAACGUCAGAGGCCUUGGAGGGGGCACCCUGCCACCGAUGCAGGACACGCCACCAGAGCAAGAACCAAGACAUGGCCCAGCCAAACCCGCCCCAGGCCUGCAGGCCCGCAGCAGGCCCAGAUCGGGCCCGAGCCGGCGCGCCGCCGGCAGAAACGCCCUCCGUCGACGCAUCCCCCCGCCGAUGCGCCGCCCGGAGGCCACCAAGCUCGCCAAGGAGGCUCCGCCGAGCCUCGCUGCGCCGCCGAGCAGGAGAGCGGAGGAGACCGUCGCCACCAGAUGCGACCGCCCCGCGAGGCCGCCCUAG